UUCCCGGCCGGGAAAACCCUUGUUUUUGUCUCCUUGGUUUGUCUCGCGAGCAUGUUUUGGGGCGCCCGAUCGGCAAUCGCAGGGCAAUCGCGGGCAUUUUGCUGGGCAUCAUGAGCACAUCGGUACCUCAGAAGGCUCUCAGCAAGAUUGCCACGAACCGAUUGCACAAGGAGCUUAAGGAGUGGGAGAACAAUCCCCCUGCCGGAUUCAAGCACAGGCCGACCGAUAAUCUCCAAAGGUGGAUCAUUGAAGUGAGUGGAGCACCUGGCACGCUCUACGCAAAUGAGCAAUUCCAGCUGCAAGUGGAUUUCCCCGAGCACUAUCCCAUGGAAGCUCCUCAAGUUAUCUUCAUCCACAAUCCUCCCUUUCAUCCCCAUGUCUACAGCAACGGGCACAUUUGCUUAGAUAUUCUCUAUGAUUCGUGGUCGCCAGCCAUGACCGUCAGCUCCAUCUGCAUCAGCAUCCUCUCGAUGCUCUCGAGCUCCACAGUCAAGAUGAGGCCACCGGAUAACGAUCGCUACGUCCGGAACUGCCGCAACGGGCGAUCGCCCAAAGACACGAGGUGGUGGUUCCACGAUGACAAGGUGUGAGAUGGAUCGAAACAAGAGCUCGAGCCAGGCACACGCAGUGCUACUAAAAAUCUAUCCUAGCUUCGUAAGUUGCUGCUGCUAGUUUCUCGAAACGGUUUCCAUCAAAUCGAGACACACAAACUUGUUUUGUCACGCA